UCUCUUCAGUAUAUUUCCCCACGAUAUUAAGUAGGCUUCUGUUGAUGCUUGUCAUGACUUGUUUCAGCAAUUCAGCAAACCAAAGCCAUUGUAACCACUUCGCAGGAAACUCGCUUUCACAAAUGCCAAUUACCCGUUUCUGCUUUCUGCAGCUGCAAAGGUGGCUGAUGCCAGCGGGGUCCUUACAUUGGAUCGAUUUCAAGCAGGCCUGCAACCAAUCCAAGAAGGCUUGCAAGGCCUGCUCGAAGAGCUGCGAAAGGCCAAAGAGAGGAAACCAAAAAGUUUCUCUAGAGUCGGUUCCACGGAAGCUCAAAAGCUCCUGGCCCAACUAGAUUUCGCUGAGGAACUCGGGAAUCUCGAGGAUCCGAUUCUCCCGCCAUCAGAUACACCAGAAGCAGAAGCUUUCGAUUACUCUCUCUAUCCCAAUGAAGACUCUGGCACUCCUGCUCUCCUUGAACACCACCGGCAACAGCUUCAGAAGUAUGGGGUGCUUUUUGGACGGGGUGCUUUCCAGAUGUAUGACAUUCAUAAGAAUAAGACACUAUACCUAAUCACUGCCCCGGAUGAAAGUCAGUUCACAGGCACUGCAGAUGGGCUUCUGGCGCCCUUCGGGCUGUACCCUGAGUCUGCCGCUAGACAGUGCAGAGUGCUUUUUGACCAUAAGCAGACCGAAGAUCAGAAGCAAAGCUACAGAGAGAAUCACCCCAACACCGCUGGAGGGUCUGGCAAGGAUGCAGGACCUCCUGGACCAGUCCAGUAUGGGGCGCACAAGGGACAGGUCUUGGUUUGCUACCUCGCGUCUUUGGCAAUCAAUUCGUUCCCUCUCAUCUAUGACCUGUGCGAUGGAGAGACACACAACCUGCUCCACUUACGAGACGGUUUCAUCACAGUCUGGGAGGGCUUGAGCCCAACGCAAGCAUACUGGAAGCUGUCACAGCUACUACAGCAAUUUCCGGAGGCCACUGAGAAACGGCUGCGUCUGGAGGCGAUCCCGGAGGAGUUUCAGGUGCCUCUGAAAAAGCUGCGGGUCCUUGAGCCCUCGUCCGGAAUCCUGGAGCAGCUUGAGAGCAUCUUACCUUUCGUGCCAGAGAGCGAGAGAGUUGCUUGUACCCAAGAGCUGCUUGCCCCAUGGCUACAGUCAUCUAGACUCCCAGAAUCUAUCCUUCACAUGUACAACUGAGUUUGGUCUAACCUGUGUCUAAAAUUAGAACAUCCAUUUGGGAGACUAUCAAGGCAGAAUUGGUUACACUCUGUUUGUGAGAAGUACCUGGUGUUUGACGGGUUGAUGCAAUUUGGGGAUGUGAAGCUGCUUCAAGCUGCUACUUUGUUAUUCGUAUUUCUCUCACCAAUUUUGAGCAUGAGUUUGAAUGGUUGCG